AUGCCCAUUCCAACGCGCUCCGUUUCCCUACGAGAGCCCCGCCAGCAGGGUAGUUCUAAUUCCAAUGUAACCCGCACGGCGACAAAGGCGCCAGCCUCCACCGCAGCGAACGAGAGCGCCUUGAAUCGGAGAAAGUCGAUGUUACUGCCACAACGCCAUAGUUCGGUCCGGGAAACAACAUCGUCGACUGCGAGAACGCAGACGCAGGAGAGCAGAUUACGGGUACCACAACGGGGAAUUAACAAUAAGCCUGCUACCGGUGCUUCGGUUGCGGCUGCGACUGCUAGAGCUCCGACUACGACUACUACCGCUACACAUCGAAGGACGGCGUCGCAACAACAGCCACAACAACGGCAACAACAGGAAGAUGCGAAACGCCCUACAUCCCAGAACUCUACGGCAACCACUGCUACUAGCACAAGUAGCAGUAGUGCUGCUAUCGCUCGUCGCCAGAGCUUGAGACCUAGUCCGCUGAAGACGGUUUCGAGGACGAUUUCCUCGGGGAGGCCUACUGCUUCUACCACUACUGCGACUACCCCUACAUCCGCUACUGCCCCGGCUACGUCUUCGACUUCACCACGAAAACAGGCAGAAGCCACGAGAAAUGUACCGUCGAUUUCUCCUACCAAGAAAACGAGUAUGCUUCCGCCGCCUCUUCCCCGACCUGCCCGAUCGGCUUCUCUCAGACAACCAAGUACACCUCAGUCGAGUCCAGGCGUCCCAGCGGCGGGUGCUAGGGGUCAUACUAGAGUUCGCAGUCAGAUAGUGACGCCGGCUACCACGCCGCGUUUGAAACCAUCUUCCACGACACCGCAGUCAUCGCCGAGAAAGACGGUCAGGGGCUCGACUGCGGUGACUCCUACGGCUUCUACUAAUGCUGCUGCUAGUGCGCUUGCUGCUGUUACUGCAGAAAUGGACCCCUCUUUGAUGCCUUCGUUCUGGCCGGAGAUUGCGGCAGUACAAACUGAAGUCUUGCAGCUGUAUCUCUUCCAUUCGUCCUCGCUCCAGCAACAUGCGGAAUGGCAGGCUGGAUCGGAAGCAAAGCUGCGGAAGAAGUAUGGCUCGGUCGCGCAGAAGUACCGUUCUAUCGUGGACGAGGAGAAGCAGUGGCAGCGUCGUCUUAACGGACAAGCGCUGGAUUUCUGGGUUCAGAGCAUCCAAACACAUAACGGUCGUCUAGGAUUUGCCGAACAGAUCCAGCUUCUCUCGCAAACCAUGCAGGAAGUGAUUGAGCUGUCAGAUGAAGUCGGAGGAAGAUACACGUUGGCUAUCCAAACCUUCGAGUACUGGUUCCGAAAAGCCGACGAAAUCAAGAAAAUCCGCACUCAGCUCGAUUCGGGGGCAGCUGAUCUUGUGGUCUUUAUUGAUCCACUCGAUGGUGUCUGGCGAGACGAGGUUAACGACCUGGCAAUGAAGCUCGAGCUCUGCUCGCGGCAGCUACAGAGUCUUGAUAUUUUGGGCUACGGGGAUACGGAGAAGCUAAAUGAUUCUGCUCUUCUUCGGAUCGCACGAGGACUUGAUGAUAUGGUGAAUUCCAUGCUGGAUGAGAUUCAUGCGAUGCGCGAGAUUGAACGCGAGAUUGUACGAUCGGAGAGGGCGUGGGUGAGUCAGCUCACUGAUCCUUUGGUCGUGUCUGACAACCGGCCUCGUGAGGAUCGGAGUUUGAGAGUUGGGAUGUGGAGACGUGCCUUUGAAUGA